GCUGGCCGGCAAUAGUUCUCAGUCUGUUUGAUUCACAUUCUAAAGCAAAUCGAUGCACAUCAAUAAUAAGUUUUGUUUAUUUAGUAAUUGAUUCAGAAAGAAAACUGUCUGUACGAGAGAACUAGAGAUAGAGCGAUAGAACGAUGGCCAGCAUCACAUUCAAGGGUCGUCCCACCGUCGUAUUGCGCACCUAUCAGGUGGUCCGCAUCGGCAACAAUGCACAGGACAAGAGCUUGGACUUUUGCCUCGAGGACAAGUCUGUGGCUAAGCUGCACGCGACUCUGACACGAAGCGAACGCGGCCUGUUCCUGGUCAACGAGAGCAGUUACGGGACAGUCAGCAUGAAUGGACAGCGCUUUAGCGGCCCCAUUUUGAUAACCUUCCGUGACGCUAUCAAUGGCAUUGUCUAUUUGCGUUUUGGCCGCGUCGAGGCCUUCCUACGCGUCUCCGGCAGCCUGGGAACCUAAGUAUUGGGAUCGUCCCCAAGCUUGAAUUUGGACGAACACUUGCAGGCUCACUGUUCUACAAGUUUAAAUUUAUGUUUCACUGCGUCGUAAAUGUAUGUUUCACGAAUUAUAUACACACAUAUCAUCGUUCGCCUCCUUGCCUUUUAAUGAUGACCUGAGCUAUUCGAUAUUUACAUAUGUAUAUACACUUAAGGUCUCUUAGGCACUUAUAUCAGACUUAUAUCAUAGGCGAACACUAAACACCAUGCAAAUGUAUCGUUCCUUUCAAUUGUUUACAUACAUAUACAUAUACAUACAUAAACAAGUACAUAUACAUACAUAUA